AGGGUUCAACAUUUGAAGUCAAGGUCAACGGUUGGAAUUGUGAGUUACUAAGAUAGUCAGUUGCGUUCAUUUCAUUUUUUUGACAUGUUGAAAAAGUGGAAGAUUAGGUCUGCUCAUCCGACCAAAUCAGAAGCUGAACUCAUAUCGUGUUGAUAUUUGUUUAUGUGCAGCCUGUAAGGAGCUUGAAAGCAUAUGCUCCCAAGCAAAUAAAUAUUCAAAUAUUUCAAGCAAAACAAUCGUCUUGUUUUUUCAGCUUCGAGUAGCAGCGAAAAGUGAAAAAUUAUUUACUGUUUCUCUUUAAACUUUUUCACUUUUACGUGCCAACCUGCAAUUGGAGAUUGUGGUUGCUACUCUCAAACUGCUUCCCAAAAAACUUACGUACAAAUUUUCUUCCACUAGCGUUCUAUCUGUGUUCUGACAAGCAUUUAAAAGUAGUAGAUAUCUUCCAACCUUAAGUUAAAAGUUUUGAUGGUCCCGGCUUUUUAAAUUACAGAACAAAAGUGCUAUAUCAAGAAAUACUCAAAUAACAGGUCAUCACAUUUCAGUAGUAUAGGAAGUGAUCUCUACAGUCUCUCUUUAUUCGGUAAAAAAUUAUCGCAGCAUACUGCGUCGAGACUAAACUACAUGGACGAUCUUUGAACGAAUCUUAGAUGACCUUGAGAAAUGUUAGCCAAUCAGGAGACAGUAUACAGUAAAAAUAAAUUUUACAAAACUCAAGAAUUAAAGAUGAUACUGUUCUUUUACAUGACUCAAAAACUUAUCAAGGUCAGAUAUAGGUUCCGAAGUUCUAAAAUCAUAGUGCAUCUGGUACGGGAACUCAUCCAUGUGGUUCCAUAGUAGUCGACCUCUGGAACCAUGAUAAGGUCUCAAAAAUUCUUUUAGCCUCGACCACAUUGCUUCAUUGUUGUUGGUAUGUUGGUAUGGUUUUGGGUUUAGGGUUAGAGUUAAGGUUUAGGGUUAAGGGUGAGACUAUAAAUUAUGGACGACCUAUGAGCGUUGCUAGGGUGACUCAGAGUGUCAACAUAAUAACUAAGACUAAAUAAGGUUAUAAACCUGUGUGAAGAAUUCAAAUUAUUAUUUACAGCUCAUGGUUAAGGUUAGAAAUUAUACUUAGGGUUUUCAUCACGAACUGACAUCAGCUAUAAUGCCAAAACUCUAUUUAUACAAAUGGAUAAUUGAAUUUCACGCCAAAAUUUUAUGACCACUUCUCUUGUAGACGCUGAAUUAUCACGUCUUCUCUAAAAUCCGUUGUAAAUCGACCGUACAUAAGCAUCAGGUACCGAACUUAGCGCUGUGUCCUUGAAAACCCGCGAAAGCCGAUUGGCUCGUCCAUAAAGUUUAGUCUCGCCCAUACUGCUUCAGUGGUAUACCGCCGAUGCAGCUAUGGGUAUAUUGGUCUCUUAUCUACUAGACGGGAUUACCAGUCAGUAUUUAUUCGUCAUGUUUAAUUCUUCAGUGCCGCAGAAACUCCGUAUUCGAUAGUAAGGCUUGCCUGAUUUAAUACGGGGUCUGUGUAUCCGGAGCUAAAACAUUUAAUACAAGAAGUUGUCGCUUUGUGUUAGGAUUGUUCACACUAGUUACAGAGGACAAGGAAGACCAUUUAAAAAAAUCGGUAGUGAAAAAGGUAGAACUUAGUUCUAAAGUGAAGUAAAACGAUCCGACAUGCCGUGGCAACCAGCACCACUGGACGCUACUUUUCAAUGUGUAGCCUCACUGCGGUCAUCCGGCAAGUUAUCAGAACUCAGUAUUUACUAGUGGCGAAAAGUUAGCCAAGUCUGAAACUUCGUUUAUUUCGUGUAGCUUUAUCUUUUGGAUCAGUGUUAUACAUCGGUGUGUUAAUUAAUUUAAAGUUUUUAGUUUUUUUCUAGCAAAAUAUCUCAUAUCAUUAUCCGUUUGUGUUACAUAACGUGACUUAUGGUCGAUUGGUGACAAAAAUGUGGUUUCUUUCAAACCACUACAUGAUCGCUAUCACUUUCAUACUUCGGUAUUCAUGCAGCCACUUCUAAAUUUUACCAUUGAUAUCACUUCAAGUUGUAUGAUAUUAUUUAUUUAUUGCACCUAUUUGAGAACAUACGAGUGUACUAGAGCUUAGACGUAAUAAUAGUCUAAGUAAGACAACGUUUCCUAACAGUAGUCCGUAUAUAUAACUGACGUUUUAUCAGAGGUCACUCAGUCAUGAUUAUCUUCGAUUUUGGCUGAAGUCGCUACUAGAGAGGAACAGGCAAUCGCCAGAAGAUUUGUGGCAAACGAUCAGAGUUAUCAGCUCACCAACUUGACUUUCAUAUUUAAAAUUAACUUUCAGCUGAAAAUUAGCAGAAGCAAUCAUGUUGAGUAAUAUUAUCCUUCUAUUUUUGGCUUCUAAAGUGCGACAAAUUUUGCACGUUCACUACAAAAUGAGCCAAAAAUACAAUCACGAAAAGAAUUUGCCUAACAGAAGAGAAAUUUCUUGUGAGUGGGAUGACAGUGUUGCAGAUGCUAAAUCUUUCAGUCAAAACAGUCCUCGUGAUAAAUUUGUAAAAGAUAGCAGUCAUCAAAGUGACUUCUCAAAAAGUUACAAGGAAUCCGUUUUCUCUGGUAACUGGUCAGUAACGAAUCGCGUCUCAUCAAACGGACAUGAAACUUGUGAUGAUUUGGAUGAUAGUAACGUUGAAGGUCUUGUGAGUGAUGAUGACAAUGAUUUCGAUGAGGAUGAUGAUGAAGAGGAUGAAGACUGGGUUGCUUCCGAUUAUGAGAAAAAACGUUCUAGUCGCGCUUCUCGAACACAAAUCACUGGUUCACGUAAAAUUGGAAAUAGUUGCAGUUCACAUCGCAAAAUUUCACAUGGAGAUCGUUCUCAACGUAGAAUUGGCAGAAGUUUGUCAAGGACAGUUGCUCACAAUCCAGGGAGUAAUCGUAUUGUUUCUUCUAAUAAAUCUUCCAAAUCUGUUGGUCGACCUAGAACUGUUAAUCGCUAUCAAUGUGGAAGUGCUAGGACUGUCCAUACAUCAUCUGGUCGUAAGAUUGCUACACGUCGAGUUGAAAAAUCAAAGACAAAUGAUAGCAACCCACGAAAAGUAUUUGAUUCGCUAAUACCGAACGAACUAAAAAAACCUCGACAAUGUUUCGGUCCUGGAUGCACUCGAACUGCAACAAGACCAGAUACAAAAUAUUGUUCAAAUGAAUGUGGACUUAAACUUGCCAUCAAACGCUUAGAAACUCUACUACCAGAAAGUUUUCAUGCUUGGUAUCCUGACUUGUUUACGAAAGCUGGAAAGGCUCUUUCUGAAUUAGAAAGGCUACCGGAUUGUAUGGCUACCGUUAUCGACAAAUUGCGACUUAAAGAAAUUAGUAAAGAACAGUGUGUAGUGCACAAUCGGUUAGUGGAAUUAGAAAUGGAGCACCAAAAGCUUACGGGACUUAUCAGUCGAGCUCAAGAGCGAAAACCUGGACGAAAUAAUGAACAAAUGCUUGCUGCUGUUGCUCACGAUGCAGAACAAGUGGAACUGAUGGAACCCAUCAUAUGUGUUACGUGCUCAGCUGAAAUCAGUAUGCGACAUGCUCUGAAGCAUAUGGAGAAAUGUUUUCAAAAGAUGGAAGGAAACACCGUGUUUUGUGCUAAUCAAAAGGAACAAAUCAUGGGUACACCAUUAUUUUGUGAUGCUUACGACUCACAGGCUAGAGCAUAUUGUAAACGAUUACGUGUAGUCUGUGAGCAUUAUAAAGAACCGAAGCUACCUGCAGAUACAGUAUGUGGAUCACCGCUUGUUCAAAAUGUCUUUGAAGAAACUGGUGAAUUCUGUUGUGUGCCGCGCAACAAGUGUACUAAACACUUUGGUUGGGAACGUCUACGCCGAGCGAAAAUAGAUUUGGAACGAUAUCGCUGUCUAAUUCAAAUGGAUGAAUUAAUGCAAGAGGAACAAAAACUACGACGUGCCAUAUCUCAACGUGGUGGUGUACUUGGCAUUUUACUACACCAAACUAUUGAUCAUAAUCCUGAGAAACCAGUUCCUAUCCCAAAAGAAUUAAAAACAUCUUUGAAAAAUAAUGACCGGUCAGAUUCUUGACAUUUCUAAAAAAAAUCUUAAUUUGACUGUGUACAUACCAAUAGAACUUACUUGUUUCUUUUGUACAAAAUGUUUUUUUCUAUUAUCUUAUUGCUUUUUCUUAAAUGAUAAUUUGCAUAUUAUACAUUUUUCUUCUGUCCAUUUCCUGUCUUCUAUCUCCUUUUUGCUUCUCAGUCAUUCGGAAAUUCAAUGUUAUUCAUGUUCGCGAAUAAUGGUUACUUUACAGCAAUUAGUUUUGAUCAGCGUGAGAAUGCUUAGGGUAAAGCUGUUUUACAACAUUUUGCUUAAAUCACAAGGGGUUUUUUGUGGAUAUUUAGUAAUUUUAUAGUUAAGAUCAUGAGUCAAUU